AACCAGACUUCAAACUCUUCAAGUCAUAAAGAAACAUCUCAAUCAGAAAAACUUGACCAUUCUAUUACAUUAAAUCAUGUUAUUAAAGUAUAUCAAGAAGCACAAAUAAGACAAAAUUGGCCUAACCCUUUUGAGAUUGAUUUUCUCAAUAUAAAAGAACCUAAUAAUGUGGCAACGAUUUCAUAUAGAAUAGGUGACUUGAUAAUAUCUUACGCAAUUCUAGAUACCGGUGCAAAUGAUUCAUUAUAUACUGGUAAUAUUCCUGAGUAUUUAGGAAUAAAAAUAGAUAAAAAAAAUGUUCACAAACUUACUGGUGCAGUUGGAGAUUCCCAAUAUAUUGGUAUAUCAUAUAAUGUUCCUAUAACCAUAGAUACUAAAGAAAAUUCUAUAACAGUUCUUGAAAAUGAGAUAUCUGUAAUUCCUACAAAAAAAGAUUGA